UCCUCCUCACCUCCGGUGUUGCACUCCAAUAAUUCAGUCAUUAACUGUUAACCAGAGGUUUAGAUGCUUAACAUGCUUUAAUUUCCUUGCCUUUUCUUUGGAUUCCUGGUUCUGUGUAAUGUUUCUCCAGACAUGAAGCAAUUGUUCGUUCUGCUGUCAGUAUUUUUAGCCGGGGUAUUGUCCAGUCCUGACAGCCAGUUUAACUGUACAUCUGGACAAACUGUUCCUGCUCACCUUGUCUGUGAUUUUAACAAAGACUGUGAAGAUGGCUCGGACGAGGAAUUCUGUGGCUCAUGUAACUUUGAUCGCCACUCCUGCGGUUGGAAAGACACCAGUGAUCCCUCCUACUGCUGGAGACGGCAGAUGGCAAACAUCACGUCGAUACCUGGACAGGACCAUACCACAGGAAGCUCUUGGGGGCAUGUCAUGCAUAUAGAUGGUAAACAAGAAGGUUUCUUUUCAACGGCUAGUUUGGAGUAUUCUGUGGAUCAUGUGGCUGCUGUGGGAUGCCAGAUCAGCUUUUGUUACCAUAUUUAUGAUAACGACACGUCCUCAGCACAAUCAUCCCUUAAACUGCAAAUGGUUAGAGCCGGUGCUGAGGAACUCUUGCUGGAGAUUGCUGAUGUUAAUACCAAUGGUUGGCAGAAUGCCACGGCCUUCAUCGGUAACCAGCCAGCAGGAUACAAGCUUCUGUUUUCAUUCAAGCCUCCAUAUAAGGCAAUCAGAGAUGUUAUGCUGGAUGACAUCAUGUUUGAGAACUGUGGGGAGGAAGACAUCCCAGCUGGAUCAGACCACCUUUCAUGUGAUUUUGAAAAAGAUACCUGUUCGUGGUACCAUGACUACACAGCCAGUCUACUGUGGAAGAUGACUGAUGGGAAAUAUGAAGAGCUACCUGGAAAUGGCAACUACAUGAUCAUAACAACGGACAACCUAAAGACCUCAUCUGCAGCCAGACUCCUCAGCUUCCCUCAGCCUGCAGGUCAUGUCCUAUGUGUGAGCUUCUGGUACCGCAUCUUUGGCAGCAGCAUCGGCUCACUGAAGUUUAUUGCAAAGCAUUCUGGUGAACCACAGACGGUUAUGUGGAUGAGAAGUGGCACUCAGGGAAGCAAAUGGCGCUUUGCAGAUCUUACCUUCAACAAUGACAAACCAAUACAGUUUAUUAUAGAGGCUGUGCUGGAUGGUGGACAGGGGAGCAUAGCCAUCGAUGACAUAGUGGUGUCCAACAGUGAGAGUGGAUCCUGCCCCCCCGAGAGAGAGUGCACCUUCCAGGGCUCCCUCUGUGGCUUGAAGUUUCACCCGUCUGCAGACUUUAGCUGGAACCGGACCACAGGGGCGUCCCAACCAGCAAACUCUUCAGGCCCCGCCACAGAUCACACUCUGGGGACAGAACAAGGUUAUUACCUGAGUGCCCAGUCGUGGAGCCAGCCUGUGGGUUCCAGAGGUGCGAUGAUGACUGCAGCGAUGGAGCCCACUCCGCCUGAUGGGGAAUGCCUCAUGUUCUGGUACUACAUGGAGGGAAGUGGAGUGGGUGAACUCAGUGUUUACCUUCAAAGCCCUGAAAGCCACAGAAACCAGCUCUGGACCAGGAGAGGAGAUCAGGGGAAGCACUGGAGGCAUGGAAGAGUGACACUUUAUAGCCCUGAUACCCCGUAUCAGGUGGUUUUUGAGGCGAUGGUGGGGGAUGAGCCGAGAAGAGAUAUCGCCAUUGACGACCUUAUUGUCCUAAAUGGUGCCUGUCCCCCGACUGGUUUCUGUGACUUUGAGAUGGACUUCUGUGGCUGGGUCAACAAUCCUCCAUCAGAGUUUGGAGUUGACUGGGAUUGGCUGUCAGGUGUUAUUGGGGGUCAGUUUGUUCCAAGAAGGGACCACACCACAGAUUCCUCUUUAGGCCAUUUUGCAAUAUUUAAGGUCUCAAACCAUGAUGGAGAAAAGUUUGCCCAGCUGGAGAGUGAGACUAUGGAGGCUGUGGAUCGUGCAUGCCUGGAGAUCUGGCACCAGGCCCAAAUGUGGAUUUCAGAGAGGCCAUCAGACUUUACUCUGACAGUGUUUGUCAAUGAGUUGACGGGACUUCAUCCUGUAUGGAAUACAAGCGGAUUCAUGAAUUACACGUGGAUUCAUGAUCGAGUGGAUUACAGUGCAUCAGGCCCUCACCAGAUUAUUUUACAAGCCAGGAGUCCUGACUCACAAGACGGAAGCUUUGCCCUGGAUGACGUCCACAUCAUCAGGGACAAGUCUUGUGAUGACAUCAUGGUAACCAUGACGCCAAACCCUGCCACCACGACCACCACUGCUCCCACCUCCACCAUGGACUGCACUUUUGAACAAGGUCUGUGCAACUGGGUCCAAGAGGCUGAUGAUGAUUUGAACUGGACGCUCAGUAAUGGACUUCAGGAGGACCAACCAUGGGAUGGACCUCAGUAUGACCAUACUGUUGGAAAUAAAGAAGGUUUCUUUUUACUGCUGAAUGGAUCUGGAUCUAAAGAUGACGAGAGAGCAGUCGUCUCUGUUCUUGUCAUCAGUCUUUCAUCACAAAUCUGUGUUGGCUUCUGGUAUUACAUGCUGGGCCCUUCAGUGUCCACCCUGGAUCUGCUGGUGCAGACGCAAUCCUCUGAAGAUUUAGUCUGGACUCGUCGAGGGACCCAGAAUCCAGAGUGGAUGAACGCACAAGUAACCAUCAGCAUGAGCAACAUAAAGCAGAUAAAGUUCACUGGCCAUAGAGACACCAGGAGCCAAGGAUUCAUUGCUAUUGAUGAUGUCACAGUGAGAGAGGGUUUCUGCAGUAGUCAGAAUGUGUGUGGGUUUGAUUCAGACAUGUGUGGCUUUGAGAAUGAUGUCAGUCAUAAGGGUCGCUGGGGUCGCAGGAGGGGAACAAAGCAUGAUGUGGAUCACACCUAUGGAACAGCAAAUGGUUUCUACAUGACUGUGAAUAUAUCAGAUUCUGCACAGUCUGAGGUAGCUCAGCUGCUCACACCACAGUUCACUUCCUCUGCAGAGAUGUGUGUACGUUUCUGGUACUGGUUGUCUGCAGAAUCUUCGAACACGCUUGCUGUCCAUGUGCUGCGAAAUGCGGUUGAGUUGGACGAAGCGCUUUGGCAGCGGCAUGGAGCUCCUUCUGCAGGCUGGGAGGUGGCAGAGGUCACUGUGUCCUCACCCACAAAGUACUAUGUAGUGUUUAGGGCUGUCCAUGUGAACGGCACCAAUUCUGCAGUGAAGAUAGAUGAUUUCUCUGUGAGGGAGGGGCCCUGCAGCCCUCCAGGCAGCUGUGAUUUUGAGUCUGGACAAUGCACUUGGGUCAACAUCCCCACGGGAGAUGGACAUGACUGGGUGCUGGCUCACGGAGGCUCGCAUGGUCCACCGACAGACCAUACCACUCAGACCCCAGAGGGUUGGUUGUUGCUGAGCUCAUCAGUUCACCAGAAUCCCAGCAGUGUAGCACAGGUAUUGUCUGAAUGGAUCCAAGUGAAAGACACCACCUCCUGUCUCACCUUAUGGUACCAUAUGGAUAACAGCGACUCUGGGACAUUGUGGGUGUUCACACACUCAGAGCCAUCAGAGGAUCAUCUGAUGUUCCACAGUAACAGCAGUGGGAACAACUGGAGCAGAUUCUCUCAGUCAAUAGAGACGUCCAAACCUUUUCAGCUGUUGAUCAAGGCCCAGCCAAACAACAGAGAAUUUAUUGCCAUCGACAGCAUCAGUCUAACAUCAGGCCCUUGUCAAGUGAAUGAAACAAGUUUAGGAUUUGUGGGAUGUUCUUUCGAAAAUGGCACAUGUGACUGGGAGGACAUCAGUGCUGGCCAGCUUCAGUGGGUGAAAGGGAGGAAUGCUACUGGGAACACUGGUCCGUCUGUGGACCACACACUGGGCUCUGAACUGGGCUGGUAUAUGGCAGUGAAACCUUACCAGGAUGUUGAAAUGAGCCCGGCUGCUCUGCAGAGUCCCACCAUGAAACAGGCCAGUGCCACCUGCACUCUGCAUUUCUACUACAACAUGUAUGGAGAAGACAAAAAAGAUCUCCAUGUGCUGCUGAAGGAGAACUCCAGGACCACCACACUAUGGUGGCUAUCUGGUAACCACGGUGAUCUGUGGAAACGCGGUGAGGUGACAGUUGGCCGAGUCACUCAGGAUUUCAGCGUCCUGUUUGAAGCGUCCCGGACCUUCAACCAUCCUGGACACAUUGCAAUUGAUGAUGUGGACUUCACCAACUGCACCCUGCCUGAGCCCCAGCCGCAGUGUCCUGAUAGCAUGUUCAUGUGCAACAACAAAGUAUGUGUGGAUCCCAACCAUGUGUGUGACUUCAGUGACGACUGUGGAGACUGGUCUGAUGAGAACAACUGUGAGCAACAAGGCGUGGUGGAGCGCUGCAGCUUUGAACAAGGCCUGUGUUCCUGGGCGGAGAGCGACGUGGACACACCCGGAGCUGAAUGGACGCAUCGGAAAGGAGAGGAAGCCUGGCCCAACCACGGACCUCCCAGAGAUCACACCCAAAACUCUGCCGCAGGUCACUAUGUUAUACCUGGGACUCACCUGAAUAUGAAGGGCCAGACAUCAGAGAUUCUCUCCAAGACUUUGCUUCCCAGCUUAAACUGUACAGUAAGGUUCUUCUUCUUCAGCCUGGAUGAUGCUGCAGGCCGACUGACAGCAGAGUCCAGGACAGUGCAGUCUGGCAGUGGUGACCGAGUGUUAUGGCUCGGGGAGACGUCACAGAGUUACAGCUGGCAGAGAGCAGAGGUCACAUUCACCUCCUCAGCCAGCAGCAAGAUUGUCUUCAGGUAUGAGCUUGGGGAAGGUCGCAGGGGGCUGGUUGCACUGGAUGGGAUCUCUUUCUCCAAGGAGUGUAAAUUUGACCCUGACAACAACAAACUACCAGACACGUCACCCACCUCUGUCCCACCCACUUCUCCAUCCAUUAACCCCUGUCAGGAUGGUGAGUUUUUUUGCUGGCGGUCAGCUGGAGGAGUGUGUGUUCUGGCUACCUUACGGUGUGAUUAUGGUUCAGACUGUCCCCAGGGGGAGGACGAGGACGGCUGUGGUCCGUGCACGUUUGAGAGUGAUCAAUGCCACUGGACUGACACCAGUGAUGGACAGACCAUGUGGCAGAGACAGAAAGCCAAUAACAACACUGAGCCACCCACUGAUCACACCACAGACACGGGCUACUACAUGAGAGUGAAUUUCAGUCAAGCGUCCACACAGAGUGAAGCCCAACUCCAGAGUCCCACACUCCCUUCUUCAUCUCCCUACUGCCAGAUUCUGUUUCACUUCCACAUCAGUGCAGAGAGUGCUGGGUCACUCAGAGUGCUUAUGCAGCAAGCUGAGGGGAGUGAAGCAAUCCUGUGGUCACGCAGUCACAACACUGUCUCCCGCUGGACCUCAGAGCAUCUGCCUGUAGGCCCACACCAGCAGCCUUAUAAGGUUUGGUUCAGUAGCGUGAAUAAAGCUGCUGAGGGGGGCACCGCUACUGGAGACCAUGUUGUUGCUUUGGAUGAUAUCUCUUUUCUAAACUGUGAACAAUCCUACCAGCCACCAGCUCUGUCGUUCUCUGACUGUGCUUUUGAAGAGGAUCUGUGUAGUUGGGUGCAGGGGGCUGAGGAUGAGCUGGACUGGCUCAGCAGAUCAGGACCCACCGAAACCCCCAACACUGGGCCUGCAGGAGACCACACCACCGGCGAAGGAAAAUACCUUUACAUCAAGACCUCCCUACCAAGUGAAAAGGGAAAUGUGGCCCAGCUCAAGUCCUCACUGCUGCCUCCUGCUGGUGAAAACGGAUACUGUUUGACAUUUUGGUACCACAUGUUUGGAGCUACUGUGGGUUCCUUGACAAUGUUUCUACAGACAGUUGAUCCCUUAAAGAAAACAAUGGCGUGGCAAAAAUCAGGAAACCAAGGGGAUGAGUGGCUGCUGGUUCAGAGCCAUGUGACCUUGCAGAACGUCCACCAAGUGAUUCUGGAGGCUACAGUGGGCGGAGAGGCAGGAGACAUAGCCAUUGAUGACAUCUCGCUUGUUCAUGGACCAUGUCCUGCUUCUGAGUUGUGUGACUUUGAGGAGGGGAGCUGUAACUGGCAGCAGCAGACAACCGAUGACUUUGACUGGCUCAGACAUUCAGGCUACACACAUAACCCAAACACUGGACCGGACAGCGACCACACCACCAACACACCCGCAGGUCACUACUACUACCUGCCUUCCUCAAGUGCCGACCAAACUGGCCAGAAAGCUGCGAUGUCUUCACCACUGUACCCUUCAGGGAAAGGAGCGUGUGUGCAGCUGUGGUACCACAUGUAUGGUGAAGGAAUGGGGACGCUGAAUGUUUAUCAGCAGAGUGAAGAUGGGAAGGAGGCUCUGAUUUUCUCUCAGACAGGAGACCAGGGCCGACUGUGGAGGUUCGCUCAGGCUUCACUUCUGCCUCGGGUUCAGCCUUACAGAAUUGUGGUAGAAGGUGUGAAGGUUGGCCCCACCCAGAAAGGAGACAUGGCCUUCGAUGAUGUACAACUGACAGACGCCCAAUGUCCUCCUCAUGGAUUUUGUGACUUUGAGAACACUAUGUGUAGCUGGAGCAACCUGGGUGGAGAAGUGGACCAGGGAGACUGGCUACGGGGUGCAGGAGCCUCCCCAAACCCCAACACUGGACCCAGUGUGGACCACACCACCAACUCUUCACGUGGUCACUAUGUUUACGUGGACAGCUCAGUGGGGGAGUGGGGAGACACGUUCUACCUGAUCAGUGAUGUUCUCCAGCCAUCCACUAGAGGACACUGUCUCACAUUCUGGUACCACAUGUCUGGCGACCACGUUGGGACUCUGAAACUCUACAUAAAUGACAGGAAGAUGCAUGCGGGUGGCAGUGAAGACGGACUUGUGAAGUGGAUUGAAGCAGGAAACAAGGGCGACAAGUGGCAGGAGGCCAGUGUGCAUGUUAAACAUGAAGAAGCAUUCUGGUUUGUGUUUGUGUAUCAGAGAGGGAUGAAUACAGGUGGGGAUGCUGCUCUUGAUGAUAUCACCAUCGAACCCAGAAGCUGCUACCCAGAGCCUACCACUGAGCCCUCUCAUAAUACUGAUGUGUUGUCCAUUGGCCUUGCAGUUGGUCUGACUCUGCUGGCUGGAGUCAUCAUCGUCAUAAUCUUCUUUAUAGUGGCCCAGAAGUGUAGCUGCAAAAUGGACCAGCCGACACUUGUGAACAAUGAUGUGACUGCCCAGAAUGCUGUGUUCGACCUCUAUGAUUGUGCAAUUGAUGGCACACAACAUGGAACUGAAUCUGACAUUUCCUUCUUCAACAAGCUUUAUGAUCCAUUUCCACAAGUACCGGAUGACCCCAUGGCCUCUUCUGAUGCUUAGUUCAGAUGUUUUUUCCAUUAAAAUUAGAAUACACUGGGA